CUCUCGCUCUCUCAUCGCCGCCAUCUUCUCUCACAAUCUCACCGUUUCUGUGAGCAUUUUCCCGGCCCCUCUGGUUUUCUCUUUGCUCUGCUUGAUCGUAGCUACCGCUGAUUGCUGCCGGGUGCUUAUGUUUUUUUGCUUUCCAAACCCUUCUCUGUCGGUUCAUUUGAGCGAACUCCACUCGUCCGUUAGGGUUCUUAGGAUUUUGAUUUUUUGUUCCCUUUCUCUUUGCUGUUGAUUCUGGUUCAUCAGAAUGAUUGGGGUUUUGGGGAGCAGUCGAGCGGCAGCGAAGAAGGGGAAAGCGGGGAACGGUGAAACAACUUCGUAUAGGGGUAACUAUCGAGGCGCGUUUACGGAGGAUUCCGACGACGAUGAUGACGUUUUGUUAUCCGUUCUGUUAAAACGGCAACAGGAGCAAGAGCUGCCUAGUACGAUUGAAGAACAGAUGCCACGAUCCAGUGAAGAAUCAGUCACAGAGAAAGUAAAUGGAGUUGCUCAAGUUUAUGAUCUCGACAGCGAAUCUGAACCAGAAUUGGAGGAAGUGCCUUCGUGUCCUGAUCCGGAAUUCCACGACUUUGAGAAAGAUAGGUCGGAGAAUUGUUUGGGCGUUGAUCAAAUAUGGGCUAUGUACGAUGACUUCGAUAAGAUGCCUAGAUGGUAUGGCCGGGUUAGGAAAGUGCUCUCACUUGGGAGUAAGCUUCUCAUGACAUGGCUGGAGGCUUGCCCAGGUACCAAAGACGGACUAGAUAGGCGCGAUGAAGCGAUGCCCGUUUCGUGUGGUGUUUUCAAGACGGAGGGAGUGGACAUUGUGGAUCGUGUGUCAUUGUCACACCGAAUGGACUGCUCGAGGGGCAAAGACAAGGAUACAUAUUUCAUCUUCCCUAAGAAGGGGGAGACUUGGGCAUUGUUCAAGGAUUGGGAUAUUAAAUGGGGUUGUGAACCAGAAAAGCAUAAGCCACAGCGUACUUAUGAUUUGGUGGAAGUUAUGUCUGAUUUUGCGGAGGAAGUUGGUGUUGAAGUUUGUUAUUUGUGCAAAGUAGAAGGCUUUGUUAGCAUCUAUGAGAAAUCUUCCCAUGAAACCUGCGUCUCCUUCUUCAUACUGCCGAACGAAGUACUGUUCAGUUUUUCACAUCGGGUUCCGUCUUGCAGAAUGACUGGUAGGGAAAAAGAGGGUGUCCCUGCUGGGUCUUUUGAACUCGAUACAGCUGCACUGCCUAGUGGUUUUUGUAAUGUUGAGCAAGUCGUCAGCAUUCGGCCACAGGGAGGGAGUGGUUCAUUCAUGGCCAAGGAGAAGAUUAGUUCUCCGAGGAACUGUGGAACUAUUGAAUUCAGAGAUGCCUUGAAGACAUGUCCAAUUGGUUUGAGCCAAAGAGGUAGGGGGUUAAGUGCAAGCAAGUUUGUCGACCUUGAGAGCGGUGCUAUGCUUAUGUCUGCGAGUACCUGGGAGAACCGAGCCCAAACAAGCGAUUCGUUACAUGAGAGAGUUGAACGUUCAACUAGUCAGACAGGGACAACAAUGUCCUUAAAGCGCAAAGUUAUCAACGGCGAUAGACUUGCUUCUAAGAAACCAAGAUCCAAGGAUGAAGUUAUGAGCCAGAGCUGCAUGAUUGAUGGGGAUGAAGACCAAGUGACUGCAGAUUAUGGUUAUGUAAAUAAGAAGUUGGAUCUUAAACGGACAGAGUUAGCUACACUGGAGGAAAGAGUUAAGGCUUGUAAGAUGGAGCUAGAGAGAACCCAAGCGUCCCUUGAGCACAAACAAGGAGAGCUUCUCGAAAAAAAUAGCUGUCUGCACUCCAUUGAAGAGUUGAUUAAAGAAACCAACUUAAAACUUGAGUUGAGAGAGAAUCAGUACAAGGCAAUAAGAAGGUCUAUUGGCCAGUCUUCGGCGGAGCUCCAAUCGAAAGAGAGCCAACUCAAAUCCCUAGAGCAAUCAAUCAAAGAAUCCAUGGAAAAAGAGAAGGCACUGCGUUAUGUCAAGGACGAAGUACGGGAAAGUUGUGAAGUUGUUCAGUCGAAAGAGAAGGAACUGAAUGAAUUAAAAAAGUGUAUUGAAGCUUCAAACAAAGUUCUUGAUGAGAAGUUAAAGCUACUUGGGGAGAUCAAAGCAAAGCUUGCAAAUAACACUGGAAAGCUCAAAUCAAUGGAAGAACAUCGAAACCGAUUGAAGAAAUCAAUCAUGGACCUUCGGCAAAAACGAGAUCAUUAUCAUUCAGUACAAAAGCCCUCCCAGGGGCAUUCUGCAGUAGAGUCUAGAACGCAUGAAAUUUUGCAUGAAGGAUAUGCUACCAACCUCCAGUUGUUCCUGGAUAAGCAUUUGAGGAAGCACGACGCUUUCCAAGCUGAAGUUUCCAUUGCAUUGCAGAGAGCACCAGAUCCUGCAAUGCUGGUCUUAGAAGUAAUGCAUGAGUUCUAUCCUCGUUCAGAAAACCGUGAUAUGGACUAUGAUUUAUCUGUCACUAGGAGAACCUGCAUCACUCUGCUGGAACAUUUAUUGGGAAUCAAACCACAUAUUAAAUCUGAUGUUCUGGGCUUUCUGCAACUCGUAUCGGCGUUCAGGCUGGCCUCUGAUUUUAGUGCAGAUGAAGUAAGACAGCUCGUUAGUAGUGGCCUUUCUAAGCAAGGGAAUGGGGCUGAAACAUGGCAAUCUCUUGGGGUCAUGGAUAACUGAAAUGGUAAGCUUCCCUCUUUUCUGCAUUUUGUUUGGAACAAAUUCGGUUCAGUGAGUUUCUCAAUGCUUUUUUUCUCCACUUAUUCCGAAGCUCAUUGCAGAUUCUGGUUUUCUUUUACCUAUUUAUGUACUAUUUUUCUUUUGGAAAAGGUGAACCAGGCAAGUUAUCAGAGUGACAUAACUGGUAAGCUUCUAUCUAGCAGAAGUUCCUUCUGUACACGUUCCACUUCCAAUUUACUUGACUUAUGUAUAAGCCAAGCUUUUUCUAUGAAAAUGGUGAAUCAAGUUCCCUUGUGGUUUUUCAUCUGUUUUGCAGGGCUGAAAAGAUUCUUUCAGAGUUCCCUAAUCUACACAGAACAAAGGUUAGUUCAUUCGUCGUCCACUGUGGCUGCAAAAUUUUGGAAAUGUAGUUACUUCGCUUUGCUCCAGUGUCAUGAAAAAUGAUUGCCAAGGGGGAAACAAGGCUAUGGUUGGAUUCGGUGGUAUGAACUUUUCUCCAUGAGCUUUUAGGUCAAUAGGGUUGCGUUAUAGAAGUUUAGGGGACAUUUUUCCGUGAACAUGAUUCUUGAUCAGUAUAGUAGGGCAAUUAGUUCUAGACUUCAAGCUAGUUCGAAUUCUAGCCGAGCAAAAUCGCAAGAAAAGGGGUUCAAAUUGAGGCAUAAACCCUCCUCACUAGCUUUUCUCUUUAUAUCACUAUAAACGUACUCCACUAGCUUUCCUCUUAUAACCAAUAGGGUAAACUCGUGGGGGGUCUAAAACUCUCAUAUUACGAGUAAUGCUCGAGGAUGGUGCAACUCUAUUUUCCAGAUCAAAAUGUUUGGUUAUUUUGAUUUGGUUAAUUGCACCUGCAUUGCUCAGGCAUUCCGGUUGCUUUGAGAAGUGCUCAAUGACUUGCCGAACAGAAAAAGCAGCUAAAACCGAAAUAUGAAUUAGACAAUUGCUCAAAACCGAAACCUUUAAGGGCUUAUCAAAUUUUCGAUUUUGAAAAUCGAUAAGCUCUUAACUUUUUUCAGUUAGAAUAAAGUGAUAUUUCCACU